GUUAAUAAAAGGAAAUCGAAACUUAAGGCAUUGGUACAAAGUUGAUCUAAAAUCAACUUAAUCGAAGCAGAUUGCGGAUAGGCUAUGGAGGACUAUGAGGAAUAGUUAAGAUAUGAAAUGAAAACGUUACACUUUAUUCUCACAGCUUUUGAUUAGAACAGGAAUUCCGACAGCUUCGUCAUUUAUGAUGGAAACUGGAAACUAUGUUGCUAAACUACACGAGUACGCACAGAAAACAAGAUCUGCGCUGCUUUUUGAGGACCGCUCUGUUGGCCCUGUCCAUGAUAUAACAUUUAUCGUAAGAGCAGUUCUGGAUGGUAAGGCGUAUCCUGAUGGAGUGGGGAAGAACAAGAAGGAAGCCAGACAGAAUGCAGCUAAAAAUGCCCUAAAAUGCUUGUUGGAGACUGAACAUCAGGACUCAGUUAAAACCACUGCAGAUGAUAACUGUUCAUCAGCUCAACUAAAAGAGGAACUUAAUCAUAAUGUUUCUGAUAUCUGUAAUAAGAUAAGACGCCUCAAUCUGAACUCACAGCCUUACGGAAACAAACAGAGACAAAGGGAGAAAAAUACAGAGACAAAUUUCAUAGGAUUCGUCAAUCACUACUGUCAGAAAAAACGCCUAUGCCAUUCUUACAUUGAGGAAAGGAGAGACGGCCCACCUCAUAACCCUGUAUUUUUCUACAAAGUACUGAUAAACGGUAAGGAGUACCCUUUAGGUGAGGGUAAGAUUGUAAAGGAAGCCAAACAAAAAGCAGCUCAGCUGGCCUGGUCUGCUCUUCAAGAACAGUCAGACUGGGACAGCAAGGUGUCCGUCAGGUCAACAGUGUCCGAAGAUGCUACACUACCUAUGUUCUCAGCGCAAUCAACUACCCUGGAGUCCCAUGAAUCAUCAUCACAAAGCACAUCAAUGAGCACAAGUGGAUCAAUAAUAUUCACUGAUUCAUCAAACCCUCCCAAGGCUCAGAUUCCCAUAAGGUCAACUGCGUCUGAAGAUGAUGCACCAAGCGAGUUGUCAACUUCACUGGAGUCUCUUUCAUCGUCACAAAGUAUGUCAACGGGUACAAGUGGCUCAGGAAUAUUCACGGAUUCAUCCAACUCUUCCGAGGAUCAGCAUGUUGUCAAAGACAAGAAUAUGGGAAAAAGUCAGAAUGAGACAUCCAUCCAGUCAAGGUUUACUUCAGAAUUUGAUUCCAUAGAGAGUCUCGGCAGUGGAGGUUUUGGUCGUGUUUACAAAGCAAGAGAUAAACUCCUGAAGAAGUAUUAUGCUGUAAAGAUUGUCUGCUGUGAAGAGAAAGCUCUUCGAGAGGUGGGGACAUUAUCAGACCUCCUCCACCGUAAUAUCGUCAGAUACUACACAUUUUGGAUGGAGGCUUCAAGAUACCAAGGGGAGCUUUCAGCAGGCAGUAACAGCUCUGCCCAGUCUUUAGACAAUUCAUCGGCAAAGUACCUCUAUAUUCAGAUGGAGUUAUGUGACACCAAAACCCUUAAAGACUGGAUUGAUGAGAAGAACAGUCAGUCUCCCCAAGACUCCAAGAGAAGAGAACAAAGUCUCAGCAUUGCUCAGCAAAUAGUUAGUGGAGUGGAAUAUAUUCACUCCAUGAUACACAUCCACAGGGACCUUAAGCCUGAAAACAUCCUGUUUGGGCUGGAUGGAGUAGUGAAGAUUGGGGACUUUGGUCUGGUCACCAGAGAUGAUGUUGAUGACUCUGCAUUGAUGGACAGAACAGAGAACGAAGGAACCACAUCUUACAUGGCUCCUGAACAAAGGGAGAAGAACUAUGACCGAAGAGUGGAUAUAUUUGCUCUGGGCUUGAUUUACUUUGAACUCCUUUGGAAACUCUCUACUGGCCAUGAAAGAGGAGUGGUUUGGAAUGAUGCCAGAAGUCAGAAGCUCCCUGAAGAUUUUUUACAGACUUUUCCCCAAGAGAAUCAAAUCAUCAAGUGGAUGCUGUGUGAGAAGCCAGAAGACCGACCCGAUGCCAGUAUACUGAAGGCAGAGCUGGAGAAGUGGGCUAAGACAUUCAACGUGCAAAAUUUGUGUCAGGAAAAUGCAACUGUCUGAUUAUCAAAAGCAUUAGUGACAAGUCACAAGCGGGUAUGGAAAUCUGGCUCUUCUGAUGCCUGUGAUUUAAUCAAAUUAUCUGAUAUACUGGUGUUAAUAUGAUGUUAGUAAUAUUGUAUGAAACUGGUUUAAAAUGGUUAACGUACUGCACUUUUAUAGUGCUUUACCUGGGACUUUAACUCACACUCCUAUGGCAAUGGACGACAGUUUGGGGUUUUGCUCAAAAGCACUUCAAGAUGCAGACAGGAAGACAAAUCAUUAACCAUGCAAUUGAUGAACUACCUAAGAAGAGGGCAUAACAUUAUGGGUUUUGUAUUCAGGAAACGAAACAUGAAAUCAAAUUUUAUCAUGAUUUUAAAAAGUAACUGACAUGAAAUCACAUCUGUCCAGCUUUUGUCCGAAAUAAUCAUGUGCCGGCAAUUUCUGCGUCCACAGUUUACAGUUUAUUCUAUGCUGAAACUCGUUAAAUGUAUUGUUUAAACUUGUUUUUCUCAUUAAUUUACUAUUAAAAACUAUAAUGGAGCAAAUAUUGUUGCGAUGAAUUCAGGGAUACUGUGAUGAAUGAGUGCCUUAGUUCCCAUUUACUUUUCAGUGAUCCAUUCAGUGAUGUUGAUCACAGUGCAUUGUCCCAGAAAAAAAGCAAUUAAUGUUAAACUUAGAGUACUUCACAGCAUUCAUUAUGUUAUUAUGCAAAUUGAUGUGGGUGAUAUCACAAAAUGGGAGUCUUAUCUGAUACCAGUAUAACACGGUCAGAAUCACCAAUAUUGAUACCAAUACUUUAAUAUUAAAACUGUCUGCAGUA